UAUUUUGACUACUAAAUAUGCCUAUACACUCACCGAUGUAACACUUCCGUCAUCUGGGGUUAGGGUUAUCGGAAUUUCAGCUCCGGCGCGUGUCAAAUAACUUCCGCUCGUGGGGUUUAAUUUGAAUUCCUGACGAUCACUCUGGUCAUUUUAAUAUUUAAAAGAUGAUCUGAUAACUGAAAUUAAGUUACUUAAUCCGCUUAAUUCUACCAAGCUAAGCUGAAUGUGGAUCCACAACUUCUCAUAUUGCAUUUGAACUAAAUGCAGUAACUGUUGAUAGUCUAGAAAUGUCCGUUAUGAAAUUCAAAAAAAAUAAAAAUAAAUUGAAUAUGCCCCGAUUUUUCCGAAUUUAUGAUCUUGAGUACAUAAUCUCAGUACUCAGUUGGUUGGCUAACUGAACUUUCAAUUUGUUGGUAAGAGUUCGAUUAUCCACCUUGUCCAUUUUUAAAAAAAUAAAAUAAUAAUCAUUGUUACUAUGGCGAGGGUUUAUCGGGAACAACCUUUCUACCUGCCAAGGUAGGGGGUUGAAAUUAGGAGAAGUGUAGCUGAAAGGUGAGUGCAUUCGAGAAUGUGAAGGAGGGAAAAAGAAGUAUUGAAGAAGAAGGGAAGUUGAUAUUUGGGACGAAUACUGAUGAAGAAAUGUUAGCUCAGCUGAAAGAACUUGCACUAGAUCCUUGUAAUUCCAAUGUAUCACAUCAGAAAGUUCGGCCGUUAUGGAAUCAGAUGCUUAAAGUGCGAGAUGCGAUGGCUCUUGCUAAUAAUGACAUUUCUUGGAGGAAAAGAAAACUUCAACAAUUUGUCAAAGGUCAGUUGAGAUCUCCUCCAGGACUUCCGGCGGAGAAAUCUAACCAGAAAAGUAAAUCAAAACUAAGUAGAGGGCAUUUUUCUCAUGCCUCUGGUAUUUCAUGCUUGCUUAAUUCAGUUAACACCGCAAAAAGUUCUGACCGAGAAACUUUCUUGAGUUCUGACAGUGCAUGUAGUUUACUAACAUUUGUGGACAAUAUUCAAGAGCAGCUACCUUCAGAAUUCUCCCUCCACAAUGAUGGAAUAGAUUUUGGUCCUAAAGGUUUCUCUUCCUUAGUUGAUUCUGAUGAGUCAGUAACUGGUUCAGACCUGGUGAGUCAUGAUAACCGGACCGCUUCCGUUGCCUCCUUACUGACCUUGGAUGACGCGGCUCAUAAUUCAAGCUUGUUGUUUGUAAAAGGAUCAAGAAGCAGACCUCUACAACCACUUUGUCAAUCCCCCAGGUUGCUGAACUUCAUUGGCGACCACCUUCAGAGAUUUGUUAUUCCAGUAGGUCCUCGUUUCCAAGCUGACGUUCCAGACUGGACUGUCCCAGCAGGUAAGGAUAACUCUGAAAAUUCAAGAUGGUUAGGCACCCGAGGUUGGCCUAUUGAGAUCGGAAAUAAGAAAGUGUCUUCUAGAGCAAUUGGAAAAGGGAGAGCUUACUCUUGCUCUUGUUGGUCUCCAGGAACCACUGUCUGUGUCAAACGCCACGUCUCAGAGGAAAGGCGACUUUUGCAAUGUGAACUUGGUCCUGCUUUCUUCAGUUGGAAAUUUGAUGAAAUGGGGGAGCAAGUUUCAAAGGCAUGGUCAUUUAAGGAAGCAGCGACCUUUGAGUCACUGGUCAAAAGGAAACCACAAUUAAAUGGAAAGAGCUUUCUGAACAAUGCAUUAAAGUCAUUACCACAAAAGAAUGGGAAAACCAUUAUCAACUAUUACUUCAAUGUUUUCAUCCCCCGACAGUUGAGCUUACAGAAUAGAUCAUCCAAUAAAUUAGUCAAUAUUAGUGAUGAUAUUGCUGAUGACAUUAAUGACAUAUGCUUGCACAAAGGAAGUAAAGGCCAGAAACCUCAGGGUUUGAAAAGUCAAUACCUACGUCGGCCAAUUUAGACCGUGGCGUCUUAUAACAGGUUUGGGAUUCCUGAAGGAUUUGCUUCGCAGCCUGAUGGAUUACAGUGUUCGCGCUUCCUCCUUCAGGAAUUUUGAUGGGAGCAGCCCUUUAAGUACAAGUAUGACUUUUUAAUCAUGUUAAUAUUAGUUGUUAAAGCUCAUUUGUUCGGCCUUUUUUUUUUUUGGUCUAUGGUUAGUUCUCCAUAGAUUUAAGUAAUGGAAUGUCCAAAGAGUAAUAUUCAUAAGACUUGGCCAGCAUGAAUUGUUUUUUUAUGAUUAUUGGGUUUAGUUUCUGCAA